UCCACUACUGGAAUUGGAUUCCAGUACAAAGCAGUAAAUUGGCUAACUCUCGUAUAGCCAAUCUCCUACUACCGAAUGAAGAGGCUCUAACAACCUAAUCAGAUUCUAUCUAUCUCAGGUUGCAGCAGAAAUCAAGAAAAGCUGAUCAGACUUCAAUCAAUUCAAUAAAACAUGCAUCAUUCGAUUAAAACCAAACAAUAUAAUCAUCCCAAGUCAUUACAAUCAAAUCCCUAACACAUGGAACUAGGGUUCUUCAUACCCAAGUGAGAGAAGGGUUCUACUCCAUAGAGAGAGAGAGAGAGGAAAACAGAAUACAAAGCAGUCAUACUCAUAACAAUGGGAAGAAUCUGCUCAGGGAUGAUGAUUUCCACUCCUAUGACGAUCUCCAAGCUCGAUUUGAUGAAACCCAGCUCCAAGAUGGCUUCUAGGAUGUGUUCUUCGCACUUUCUCUCUCUAGGGCUCUAUUUUUGCUCUAAAAAUUCCAUUCUCUCACUUGUGGCCCGAAAUUGGGUAAAAACCUGAAAAUCCCGAUCACACGGGCAGGCCACACGGCCGUGUGGCAUACCCAGUUGCCCGUGUGAGACACAAAACGCCGCGUUUCCAAUAAUUGCACUUCAGGCUACCUACACGGCCAGGGACACACGGCCGUGCAGCUCACCCAGCCUGCCCGUGCGAAGCCUCGCAUAAUCCCACACGGCCACAUUGCUCCUUCACACGGCCGUGUGAGAUUUAUUCCUGCCCGUGUGAAGGCUCGCACAAUCCCACACGGCCACAUUGAUUACUUGCACUGCCGUGUGGGUUUUGUGUGUGCCCGUGUGGCUUCCUCAGCGACUUGCCUCACGUCCGAUCUUCGUCUAAUCGACCCCGAACUCGCUCCCAAACCUUAAUUCACGUACUAGGACCUGAAAUAUCAUAAACAAGCACAACCUAGCGUGAAAUCGGCCUAAAACACGAGAAUCAACACCUCAAACGGCUCCAGAAUAGGGGUAAAAACAUGUGCAAUUAACCGUUUAUCAAUCAUGCAUACGCUCCUGACCAGAUCUGUCGUCCCCAGCUCGCAGUCGGGCCAUCAGAUCACGAACAAAGGAUUGUUGGCUCUCUUUUCGAUGAGGCAUCCAGCAGAGCCGAUGCUUGGGGCGAAACAGGGUGGACACUAUGCAUAUGGGGGCAUCAUCACGAGGAUAGCACCAUUCGGUGCCGGUCCUUCCACUUCUGGGGUACCCUUCGUGAGGAUAGACCUUCUAGAGACCCACGUCGUGGGAGUCACUUCCCGGCUAGACUGGCACAUCGGCCUGCUCAAGCGGAUCGCUCGUCGUCAGGGCCUCCUUCCAGAGGAUGAGUGUGGACCUACGACUCAGUGAGAAGUAGCCAACGAGUGAGACAUGUGGCCGAGCCAAUUCCUUUCGCCCCACUUCUCCACUUGGAACUCUGAACUUUGUUGUUUUAUUUUUGUUUCUUUUAUUUAGUAUGUGUGAACAACAACUACUAUCAUAUUGUUUUGUGUAAUAACCUCACCUCGAGCGAGUAUGUGUUGUGUUUGUGUAUGUGUUUUUUGCCUUCUCCUUUAAGCUUAGCUCUCCUAACCCGAGAAAAAUUCCAACUUUCACUCACAAAGCAAGCGGUAACAUCGUUCUACCCCUAUCUUACCCCAUUGAGGGCAAUGUUAAACUUAAGUGUGGGUUGGGGGGGGGGGGGGGGUAGUUUAUUCUUAUGCUCAUGUGGGUGUGAUUGAUGCUUGGAGCCUUGAUGUAUACCCAAAUUUGAAAAUUUUGAGGGCUCAAAGCAAUGUUUGCAUGAUCAAUGUGGCCGGUUUGUAGGAGAAUAUCGUGUUUUAUUGGCAUUGACCUUGAAUUGUUGCAUGUGAUUGAGUGUAUCCUAUGAUGAUGACUGAGAGCUGCAUUAGGAUAGUGCAAAAGUUUAGUUCUCAUGUGUGCAAAAUGAAUGGAUGUCUUGACUCGAUUACUUGUUGAUUACAAUUGCUAUGCAUUGUGUUUUGUGAAAGUGUAAUUGAUAAUUCGGUGACUAGGUACCCAUGUGAGUUUUGAGCCGAUAGUUUUCUUAUUGUGUGCUUAAAUCCCUCUUACCAUGGCGAGUAAUAUCAUAGUUGUCACUAGCGAGUAUGAUGGAGGCACAGGAUUAUUCCACGCCUAAAUGUUGAUUGUCCCAAAAUGUUUUAUCCCCUAGUCAAACCCUUUGAGCCUUGUGCUUUUGGGGGUCGUUCUCAUGUUAGGAGCUUUUUGCUUGUGUGCUUGAUGGUGUUUGAUAAAAAGACCCCCCCCCCAUCCUUUCUUCAUGUCUAUAUGUGAGGCUUCCUUGUGUCCCGGAGCUCUCUCUUUUGAGUACCAUUGAGGUUCUACAUAGGAGGAUUGGGUGCGGUUCUUGCUAGGAAUGAAAGAGAAAAUAGUAGUAUUGAAGUGAGUUCUUAAAAGAGAGCAUUGGUUGUUAAAAGUAGUGUGGAAAGUGUUUUACUCUCUAGUACCCCUGUCAAAAAGAAAAGAAAAAUAAAAUAAAGAAAGAGGAAAGUAGAAAGAAAGAGGAAACGAAAAAGUGGUAAUAAAAUGGGGUCAAUAAAGUAGACAAUGCCGCAAAAGUAUCAAAGAGUAUGCUCCAAGUGGGGUUUCUUGGCACUCAAGCCAUUGAAACCCCCACAUUAUUUUAGAACUCCUUUACUACCAAGUCGAAAUGUGAUAGCAAGAGUAGACCAAGGAAGAGCGCUUAAAUGUGAUAGCGAUAGUUUGGAAGGGAGAAGCAAGGUUUUUGGCCGAUGCUAGUGGUCAUUGUUUGUAUGGGAGGUUCUUAGUCGAAACCAUAGAACCUUCGAGUUUAGGGUGAAGAUGUAGGACCUCAUGAUGUAUUUGCCACCACCCAAAAAGCCUUUCCACAUGUCCAAGAAAAUUGCCAGUCAUUUGAACUCGUGUCUAAGACCUCCAGACAAGCUAGUGAUGACAACCGUCCUGUGAACUCUAACAUUUAGAGGUUUCCGCCGUGGUGAAGAGACGAUAGGUCCGAGUGUUGAUGAUUGUGCACAUUCUUUGCACCAAAAAGGUCUCGACCCCACUGGUCAAGAGAGUGAGUGAUUCAUUCUUGCUUUGCAUGUCAUAUCAUAUCCCUGUGAGGACCUUUGUUGCCCGUUCGUUUGUUCCUUGGACUUGAAUGUUAUGCUUGGUUAGUUGUGGUUGAUAAGUGAUCUUGUUGAGACUUGCAUUGAUUCAUGAACAAGGUGAGAACUUUUUGUUUGCCCAUUUGGGGUGACCUCGAAUGUCGUUUGUGGUGGAUGUCGGUAUUGCUUGCAACAAUCCAUGUGUUAAUUGCCAAUAGCCAUUCAGAUUUGCCACUUUGUCCCCAAAGAAUUUUGUUAGGUUGAGAGAUUACGUUGUGUGAAAUGGUUUUCUUGGGGAAAAGCAAACAUCUAAGUGUGGGGGAGUGAUUCGGGCCUAAUUAUACACUUUUUAACCCCGAUUCUCUAUGACGUUUGUUGCAAUUGAAAUCCAAAAAGGUUGGUUUUACGCGAGAUUUCUUGUGUUUCAGAUCCUAAAAGGUAAAACCAAACCCAGAUCGAAAGUUGGAGGAAAAGGAACAAAGACCGGGCAAAGAGGAGGAAACAACUAAUGUUCACGGCCUAAUGUUGGAGUUCACGGUCUUACAAGGCUGUGAAAUGGAGCCACAGCCCGUGAAGCAAAGAGCGACUAGUCAGGGUUUACAGGUUACUGACGGUCAGACUGUUCAUGGUCGCUAAGACCGUGAACAUAGGCCACAUACCGUGAACCCGAGCCAGCACAGCGAUGCGUUUUGGUCUCAGCACUGAGAUAACGGACACAUUUCAAUGUUCACGGUCGCGAACUCAGACCGUGAACUGGGCAAGAUCUCAAUUAAAAGGAGUUGAAAGGAAAAAGGAAAGGGGAGAGAGACCUAGUGUGAGAAACUUAUACUUCUUCAGAUUUUAGAGUAAGAAAGUGAUGAACCAAAUAAGAGGAAAAGCUAGGGUUCCAUAUACAAGAAAUGAUUUGGGUUUCUUCAGCACAAGGAGCAAGGCUUGCAUCUUCGUGAUGGUUUUCCUUUCCCUCUUUUGUGGUUCCCUUCUCCUAGCAUGGAGUAGUCGCUUCUUUCACUUGGGUGUUUGUAAACCAUAGCUACAAUUAUGUAAACACUUGUAUGAAUUGAAUGGUUUGUGUGUGGUUGUGUUUUAAUGUGAUUAUGGAGGUAUUAUUCAGAUUUGAUUGUGUUGUGUGAAAGGCUAUCAAUCUAAUUGUCAUUCUAACCUAGCUUAGAGAGGAGACCUCCUUAGGUUAAGAGGCCCCAUUGGAGAUGGGUGUUCUUGGGCAUUUCAUGCAUCCUAGGCUAGUUUAUAGAGGAAACCUCUUUUUUCCAAAGAGGCUCUAUUAGAGCUGGGUUUCCUAGGGCAUUCAAUGCUUCCUAAACUAGUUUAGAGAGAACCCUCCUUCACCUAAGAGGCUCUAUUAGAGAUGGGUUUCCUUGGGCAUUCUAUGCCUCAUAUUCUAGGUUAGUUAAAAGGAAAACCUCCUAUUUUGUAUUAAGCACUUAGGGUUUGGUUGUGGGUGGCCGUCUGAACUCCAAUUCGAGGGUGAGGUCUAACCAUUCCUUAGUCGAUAGGUUGAGAGGGUCACAUUCGUGGCUUGGAUCGUAUCCCAUUCCUCAACCUAGAGUCUAAGAGGGUAGCUUUGGCUGCUUGUUAGACUUCCCUACGGUUUAUGACCCCCUAACCACACACGGUCGUUCGAGUCUUCAAGUCGUAAUUGUUAGCUAGGGGGAGCAACACCCGAGUGAAGCUUUCUCAACUAGAGUCAAAUCCAUUUUACCUUUGCAAAGUAAUUUAGUUUUAGGGCUUUGUUUUCACCAAAACCAAUUUGCUAUAUAAUGUUUCAAACAGUCGAAGUAGCAGUACAUGGACCGGUUCGGGUCGAUUUUUAAACAUACUUGCCCUAUAUUAUACGCAUCUAAGGUUUAUACUUGGAUCUUAGGUGGGAUUUUAUUGUGAUAGUCAGAGUGAGUCAGGAACCUAUUACUGUGACUCCAUGGUGUUACUUCUGGCUGCUGAUGGAGCUUUAUGGCUUUGUCAAAGGAAAGGUUGCGGUUUCGGAAGGCAUUCCUGGUACACUGCUCGUCCAGGCUUUUUGACUGUCAUUUGGAGGGAAUGAAUUUCCUGUUUGGCACUUCUAGUGACCAGUUGGAUAAUCCUCGACGCCAAAGCGUUUUGCUUGAGAUUGUAGGAGCAAGGAUUUUGGCAUAGUUGUUUUCAAUAUUUAUAGAUAUUCGGCCAUUUGAGGCUACGUGUUUGUUAAUUUUGCAGGUACAACUGCUCAUAGGGUUGCCCAUUUUGUGGUAAAACUGGCCCUUUCAUCAGGAGUUCUUCUAUUUGUCGACUACCGCACAACACUAUUUUCUGUUUCUGACUCUAUACUAUCCAGGAAUUUACCUGACUACUGUCUAUGUUAAAAAAAAAACACUAAAACUGGACUUUUUCUCUACAAUACAAAAAAUUUAUAGACUAGCAUACUCAUAUUAUGAUUAACCAGAAGAAAAUAUAAUUAUAUUUUUUUGUGCUAACUACAUUAGUUAGAGAUAUUAUUAUGAAGUCAAAAUAUAGGCUUGGUAAAUAAAAAUGAUCACAAUCAUGUAUUCAUGUGACGUUAUCAUAUACCAUAGAAUUACUAAUGUAUACCAAUAUAUUUAGCAAUGUUUCACCAUAAUACACCACAUUUCCAUGUGUGUUAGAUGUUACUGAUGGUCGUGAAAAUUUGUUUGUUGUUAUUUUAACUAAAGUUUGAACUAAAUACACGUAUGGUCAAUUAACAAAAGAAGUGACAUAGAAAAUCAGAUAUAUAUGUAAUGUGUCAUCUCUACGAUCAAAUUCAACAUCUCUAACUUAUUAAAAAAUUUAUCAUUAUGUUUUAUUUUUGGACAUUGUUUCUUUCUUUUCCAUGUCUUUCAUACUUAUUAAAAUCAUGUUUUAAUGCAAUUUUAUUUCUUUAUUUAUUACAUAAUUUCUUUCCUUUUCAGGGUGCGUUAAGAUGCACGACCUUAAUAAUGCGUUGGAUGUAAAAUCAUAAAAUUAUACAGAUUUUAUAAUCAAACUCAAGCCAUUGAAUAUAUCUAAUUACAUAAUUUUUUAAGGCUUUCAUUUUAUUAAUUAGAUAGUACCUUAUUCUUAAUUUAAAUUAAAAAAAGAAUACAAAAUGAAUCAUAAUUGUGAUAAACAAACUGAAUAUGUUGGUUAUAUUUUAGAAUAUUAUGUUUCCAUUAACGUAUGUUUUGAUCCAAUCUAUCAUAGUCAUUUUGUGUAGUAUAAUUAAUUCAAAUUUUAUGUGGAAACAAAUAUGCAAUUCGAGUUCAAACAAAUGAGAUGUACUUAGGGAUGGCAAUUUCAACCCGCCCCGCGGGUAUUACCCGACCUGACCCGCGAUGGGGCGGGUAUUACCCAACCCGCAGAAGCGUGGGGCGGGGCAUGGGUAUCUACUUCCGACCCGCCCUGCUCCGCCCCGUUCUAGACUCAUUUUAUCUCAAUUUCUUACAAUUUCUAUACAAAUUUCUCCUAUUUUGACUUUUCUUCAACUAGUUAGAGUCGCUCUUUCAACUUGUUAGACUCAAUUACCCAUUCUAUUAUCACUAUUUUUCAUUCUUAAAGUGUUUUACCCUUCGUUUUAUUGUAAAAAGUAAAAUUUACUUGUAUUUUUUUUGAAUAACAUGAAAGAGUGGGUCGACUCGUCCCGCCCUGUACCCGCGCAGGUUUUACCCGCCUCGCCCCGUAGUAGCGUGGGGCGGGGCAUGGGAAUUGAGGUACCCUCCCUGCCCCGCCCCAUUGCCAUCACUAGAUGUACUCCACUAAAAGUUGAUGAGAGUGGUUAUGCAUGAUGCAUAAACUUAGUGCUAUGCACUACUCCGAUAAUUUUCACAAAAAACUACCUUUUUCUCCAACAAACACUGCCCCUUUAUGUACAGAGUGGUUAUGCAUUUGUAUGUUUACUGUAUAUUCAGGUCUCCAAAGUUCAAGAAUAUAUUAAAAUUCCAUUAUCCUCAACUUUUUGCUUAUACUUUGUUGAGGUCUGUGAAUGAUUUUAACAACUCUAGACGUCACAUUUUUGUCGCGUACUUCAACUUCCCUCAAGGUUCCAUCAUUCCCAAAUUCAUUCACAUAACUACAUGAGUUGGAUUUAAACAAUUGACUUGCUACGGAUACAUCGCGAAUUAAUUCCAGCUAGAGCCCAAGUUUUUAAACUCUAGUCUGUGCAGUAUAGGGCAAGUAUGUUUUAACUGUCAAUCCCGGGCCAGUACAUGUACCCCUACUUCAAUCGCUUAGUUUGUUAUCUAGCAAAUGAUUUUGGGUUUAAAACUAAGAAAACUACAAAUGAAAACAAGCAAGUAAAGUAAAUCGAGGUUGUCCCAAUGAGAGAAGAGUUCAGUCGGGUAUUGCUCCCCCUACCUUCAUAUCAAGAUCGCCCAAAUCGAAUGCAAAUGUGUACAGGUGUGUUUAUACACCGUAUGAAGGAGAAACAAGUGAAGUAAACCUCACUCUCUUAAUCAAUCGGUUAAGGAAAACAAUUAUACUAGGAACCUUAGCUCUCUCAAUCAAUAGAUAAAGGAUUGCUACAAUAAACUAUGGAGUCUAGUACUCUUAACCUUUCGGCUAAGGAUUGCAACAAUAAGCCAAGAAUCCUAGUUUUCUUAACUGAUAAAACUAAGGGUUGCAAGACCAAUCCGUCGGAAUUUAAUCCGAACGGCAAAGUAACACCCAAGUUAAAGUGCUAAAUCGAAGUUUGAGGUUUGCCCUAAUUUUCCCUAGGUAGGUGCCUCAAUUGGCCAAGGAAUCCAGCCUAUCAAAGCCUCCUAAAACAAGGGGAAUUCCCUCUACCUAGGUCAAAUUGGCUUAGUAAUUAGAAAUGAAGAACACAACCCAAACAUCAUGAAAAUACCUUCCCCCUUGAGAGGUAAGAAUCUUCAAUCCUCUAGCUAAGGGCAAGCCCAAUCGCCUUCCUCCUCCUUUGAAUGACACUUUCUCUCUCUAGAAUAGGAAAAGGAAACCCUAAUAUCUCACUAGAAACCCUCCUUUAUUCUGAAAACUAAAACCCUAGAAAAAGCUCACAUUCUUUCUCCUUCAGCUCAACUCCCCUUUUAUACCCGGGUCGGGCUCAAAUCACGGUCCCAGUUCACGCCCGUGAACUCAAGGUGGGGACCGUGAUCUUGGGGCCAAAACACGCCGCUUUACUAUGUCACUUCACGAUCCGAGGCUGGAGUUCACGGUCUUACGACCAUGAACUGGCUUAAGUCCAUGAAAUUGCAAAUGGCUCUGGACCCUACACGCUUCACUUUGGAAUUUUCUUCCGUUUUUGCGCUUUUCGACAUCCAAUCGUCCCCGAAACUCGUCCUUGACCCUCCCACACGUGAUAGGACCGAAAAUAUAGCAAAACAAGCACAACCUAGCGUGAAAUAGGUCCAGGUACGGCGAUAUACUAAACAAAAUGUACAAAAGAUG